GAUAAAUCUACUUUUCAGAAAAGAAGAAAGAUUAAAUUGUAGUCAUUAGAAGUCAUUGAAAGAUGUCAGUUUGUGAAAAAUAUUUCCCACAAGAACCAAAGCAACCAGAAGUUAAAACAUCUUCAUUCCCAGGACCAAAAUCAGCUGAAGAGAUCAAAUCCUUGGGUAAAGUUUUUGAUACCAGACCAGCUUAUUUCAUUGCUGAUUAUGAAAAAUCCAAUGGUAAUUACAUUGCUGAUGUUGAUGGAAAUGUCUUUUUGGAUGUUUAUGCGCAAAUUGCAUCAAUUCCUUUAGGAUAUAAUAACCCUGCAUUAAUUGAAACCGCCAAAUCCGAUAAAAUGAUUAGAGCAAUUGUUGAUCGUCCAGCUUUAGGUAAUUUCCCCGGUAAGGAUAGUCAAGAAAUUAUUGAAGAUUUAUUAAAAAUUGCACCAAAGGGUCAAAAUCAAAUUUGGUCUGGUUUAUCGGGUGCUGAUGCUAAUGAAUUAGCUUUUAAAGCUGCUUUCAUGUGGUAUCAAGGUCAAAAAAGACAAGCCUCAGCUUUUACCAACGAAGAAAAUGAAUCCGUUAUGAAGAAUGAAGCUCCCGGAUCUCCAGAAUUGGCUAUUUUGUCAUUUCAAAGAGCCUUCCAUGGUAGAUUAUUUGCAUCUGCUUCCACCACUUGUUCCAAACCAGUUCACAAAUUAGAUUUACCAGCUUUCAAAUGGCCAAAAGCUGAAUUUCCAUCUUAUAAAUAUCCUUUGGAUAAAUAUGAAGCUGAAAAUAAAAAGGAAGAUGAACGUUGUUUGAAAAUUGUUGAUGAUAUCUAUACUAAUUGGUCUGUUCCAAUUGCAGCUUUAUUAAUUGAACCAAUUCAAUCUGAAGGUGGAGACAAUCAUGCAUCAGCUGAAUUUUUCCAAGGAUUAAGAGAUAUCACUUUAAAACAUGGUUCUCUUUUAAUCAUUGAUGAAGUUCAAACCGGGGUUGGUGCCACUGGUUCUUUCUGGGCACACGAACAUUUUAAUAUAACUCCAGCUCCUGAUAUGGUUACUUUCUCUAAAAAAUUCCAAUCUGCUGGUUACUAUUUCCAUGACCCAAAAAUCGUUCCAAAUAUCGCUUACAGACAAUUUAAUACUUGGUGUGGUGAUCCAGCUAGAAUGAUUUUAGCCGGUUCCAUUGGUCAAGAAAUUGUUAAAAAUGAUUUGGUUGCCAACGCUGCUAAAGUCGGUGGCUAUUUAUAUGAAAAAUUAGAAAAAUUGGCUGACAAAUACCCUAAAUACAUUAAAGAUUUAAGAGGUAAAAAUCGUGCUACCUUCAUUGCUUGGUCUUUUGAAGAGGGUGCUACCAGAAACAAAUUCUUAGCUGAUAUGAAAACUGUUGGUAUCAAUAUCGGUGGUUGUGCUGAAGAUUCAGUCAGAUUAAGACCAACCUUGGUUUUCGAAGAAAAACAUGCCGAUAUCUUGGUUGCUGGUAUCGAAAAAAUCUUAUCCGGUUACUAAUUAUGUUCAUGAUGGUAUAUAGAAAUUCUUAGUGUACGGCUUAUAUUGGAGCUUGCUCAUGUAUUAAUAGAUAAAAACAUCUGCUGGUGUUUCAACAGAUAUUAACAGUAUAUGU